AUGGCGGAAAUCAGCGAUCCGACAGUCGGUGUUGACUUUUACGCCCGAAUGAUUGAGCUGAGACCAGGAUAUCGUGUAAAGCUUCAAUUGUGGGAUACUGCCGGACAGGAAAAAUUUCGGUAUGAAUCAGAAUUGACGACGUUCUGAAGGAUUUGUAAGUUCUAGGUCGAUUACCAAAUCGUACUACCGAAACUCGGUCGGAGUACUCGCCAUCUACGACAUAACCAACAGAGCCAGUUUUGAACACGUGGAAAACUGGGUGAAAGAAGCCGCUCUCAAUUUAGGAGGGCCCAAUCCAUCAAAAUGUGUCUUCCAGCUAGUCGGUACUAAAUGCGACAUUGACGGACAGCGGCAGGUGAGAAUAUUUCGGAUUGAAGAAGAAAAUGAAGUAAAGAACGUUCAGGUGAAUUACGAGGAAGGCGAAUACUUCGCAAAGUACCACAAGAUGAAGUUCAUUGAGACUUCUGCCAGAAGUGGAGAUAAUGUGAGCGAAGCAUUUCUCAUGAUCGCCCAAGAGGUUCGCUAUAAUUCAAUUGUGUCAUUAUAAUCUGAUGCUCAUUUCCAGAUUCAAAACCGAGUGGACGAAGGAGAACUUCGACCAGUGGAUGGCUGGGAAGGUCUGAAAACGGGAAUAAUGCGGUCCCAGUCAGUGUGUCUGUCCGAACGGAGCUUCCCUCAGGACGGAUCCGGAGGAGCGUGUGGUUGCUGA